CCGGAAAAUUUGGUUUUUCUAGUAAAAUCCGUGUUUUUUACUUGUAUAAAUAUUGUUAUUUUGUGUUUUCAUCGUAUGCUAUCGUCAUCCUCUGCCUUCUCCGCAACCGUCAUUGCCGUUUUAGGUCCGCCUGUGAUCACAGCAUCUUCAUUGCGAGUUGGAGGGUAUAACUGUUUUUAGUCGAGGAAACUGUUGGAUGGUACGGCAUGCCGUGUUGUUUGUGAAUCUAAAGCUUCGUCCCUUUUGCCAUGGCUCAGCAGCAAUCGUCGCGCCUUAAUCGCUUGCUCACUCUAUUAGACACUGGUUCAACGCAAGCAACGCGGUUCACUGCAGCGCGGCAGAUUGGGGAUAUUGCAAAAUCACACCCGCAAGACUUGAACUCAAUUUUGAAGAAGGUUUCUCAAUAUCUUCGUAGUAAAAACUGGGAUACAAGGGUUGCUGCUGCUCAUGCUAUUGGGGCUGUUGCUCAGAACGUUAAGCACACAUCUCUGAGUGAAAUAUUUGCCUCUAUUGAAUCUCAGAUUUCUGAAGUUGGGGUAUCUGGAUCCGUUGAAGAUGUGGUGGCUUGGCCAGAUUCUCAUACUAAAACUGUGUCAAACCUUACAUUUAGAAGUUUUGACGUCAACAAAGUGUUGGAAUUUGGUGCUUUGUUGGCUUCUGGAGGACAGGAGUACGAUAUCGUGACUGAAAAUUCCAAGAACCCUAGGGAGCGAUUGGCUCGCCAGAAACAAAAUCUCCGACGCCGUUUGGGCUUGGAUGUAUGUGAGCAGUUCAUGGAUGUCAAUGAUAUGAUUAAAGAUGAAGAUCUUAUUCUGCAGAAAUUCCACUCUGAAGGAAACGGGAUGGAGAAUAGAUUUUACAUGCCCCCUUCUGCUCAUCAUAUUAAUCAAUUUGUUGCCAGAAUGGUUCCUAGUGUCGUAUCGAGAAGACCAAGUGCAAGGGAAUUAAAUCUCUUAAAGCGAAAAGCUAAAAUAAAUUCUAAAGAUCAAACAAAAGGUUGGUCAGAGGAUGGGGGUACAGAGGUAUCAAAUGCACACAACGUGACAACUCCAAAGGGUUCUGGUCCAGAUUCAUUAAGCUCUAUCAAGGUAGAUUUUGAUGAAGACAGCUAUGCGCAUGAUGGAGAUGGGCAGUGGCCAUUUCAUAGCUUUGUUGAACAACUCAUCCUUGAUAUGUUUGAUCCCGUAUGGGAGGUUCGUCAUGGCAGUGUCAUGGCCUUGAGAGAAAUCUUAACCUAUCAAGGUGCUUCUGCUGGAGUAUUCAUGCCUGAUUUAAGCUCAGAGUUUUCCCUAUAUUUUGAGUCGAAGGAUAAAGAUUAUUCAGCUACAACGAAAAGGAACAGAGAAAUUGAUUUGAAUAUGCAAGUUCCAGGGGAUGUGUCUGAGCCAAAUCUGAAGCGACCAAAGUUUCAAGAUCUAUCAUGUCCACCGAUGAAUAUGAUGGUCUCAAGCAGUAACUCUGCUAACAUCAACGUUUGUGUAAAGAUUGAAGAUAUUGAAUGUACUCUCUCUACAGGACAUGUUAAUGGUCACCCUGAUGUUAGUUCUGUAAAAGUGGACCCUGAAGCUUACCUUGAUGGUGUGUCUUGUCAGUCUAAAGAGGCUAUAGACUUCGUGGAGUCAAAGGGCUCCUCUGGAAAUUCCGAGAUACUCAGAACUCUUCCUUGUGAGCUGAUGAACUUGGCUAAACUAGCUAGACAUUCUUGGACCAAAAAUAGUGAAUUUCUUCAAGAUUGUGCUAUUCGUUUCUUAUGUGUGUUAUGUCUAGAUCGUUUUGGAGAUUAUGUAUCUGAUCAAGUGAUUGCUCCAGUUCGGGAAACUUGUGCACAAGCAUUAGGUGCUGUUUUUAAGUAUAUGCACCCUUCUUUAGUCCAUGAAACACUGAAUAUCUUGCUUAAAAUGCAGCGUAGGCCAGAAUGGGAAAUCCGUCAUGGAAGUCUUUUGGGUAUCAAGUAUUUGGUUGCUGUAAGACAGGAGAUGCUGCCCGAUUUGCUUGGUUGCGUUCUCCCUGCGUGCAAAGCUGGUUUGGAGGACCCAGAUGAUGAUGUCCGGGCAGUUGCUGCAGACGCCUUGGUUCCUACUGCGGGUGCUAUUGUUGCUCUAAGGGGUCAAACAUUGCAUUCAAUUGUUAUGCUCCUCUGGGACAUUUUAUUAGAUUUGGACGAUCUAAGUCCGUCUACAAGCAGUGUGAUGAAUCUAUUGGCCGAAAUCUAUUCCCAAGAAGAUAUGAUUCCAAAGAGGUCAGAGGCAUCAGCUUCAGGAGAUAAACAAGAGUUUGAUCUAAAUGAGGUAGUUAACGUUGAUGAUGUCGGAGAAGAAAGGGAUUCACAGGAAAAUCCUUACAUGCUGUCAACGCUGGCACCACGAUUAUGGCCAUUUAUGAGGCAUAGUAUCACAUCAGUUCGUUAUUCAGCUAUAAGAACUUUGGAGCGACUGCUUGAAGCUGGUCACAAAAGGAACAUUUCUGAGAUACAGGGCAGUUCUUUUUGGCCUUCUUUUAUUUUGGGUGACACCCUACGGAUUGUUUUCCAGAAUUUGUUGCUGGAAUCAAAUGAGGAAAUUUUGCACUGUUCAGAGACAGUUUGGCGGCUCCUUGUUCAGUGUGAAGUAGAGGACUUGGAAGCUGCUGCGAGGUCAUAUUUGUCGUCUUGGAUAGAACUUACAAGUACUCCAUUUGGUUCACCACUGGAUGCUUCAAAAAUGUUUUGGCCUGUUGCUCCUCCUCGGAAGAGUCACUUUAGAGCAGCUGCUAAAAUGAGGGCUGUGAUGCUUGAAAAUGAUGGUAGAGAUGUUGGCUUAGAGUCUGUGAAAAUUACUAUUCCCCCAGAGAGAUUUGGGGAUACUUCUGCCAAUUCUGUUAAGAUAAUUGUUGGCGCUGAUGCUGACAUAUCUGUAACUAAUACCCGAGUUGUCACUGCAUCUGCAUUGGGUAUUUUCGCCUCUAAAUUGCGUGAAGAGUCUAUGCAAUAUGUAAUUGAGCCGCUUCAGAAUGCUCUUACCUCUUUAUCUGGGGUCCAGCGACAGGUGGCAGCCAUGGUACUUAUUUCAUGGUUCAAAGAGUUUAAAACUGUGGGACUGCAUAACUUAAUGCAUUCUUUUCCAAAUCACAUCAAGGUGGUGCUGUUGGAUCUGUUAGCAUGUUCAGACCCUGCAUUCCCGACAAAAGAGUCACUCCUCCCUUACGCUGAGCUCUCGAGAACAUAUGCCAAAAUGCGCAAUGAGGCUAGUCAGUUGUUGCAUGUUGUUGAGUCCUCUGGUUUGUUUGAGAAAAUAUUAUCAACUAUUAAAUCCGAUUUGGAGAGCUGGACUGCAGAUGAUGCUAUCGAUUUUGCGUCAAAAUUACUGCCAAUAUGUAGUGAUACUAUUGGGAAGGAAUCAUUGGAAAUGCACAUUACCGAUGAAAUAGAAUCUUUGAAACAACGGCUUUUGGCAACGUCAGGCUAUUUAAAAUGUGUUCAGAGCAAUUUACAUGUUACUGUGACUGCAUUGGUUGCUGCUGCAGUUGUAUGGAUGUCAGAGCUUCCUACACGACUGAAUCCUAUAAUAUUACCUUUGAUGGCUUCAAUAAAAAGAGAGCAGGAGCAAGUUUUACAACAGAAGGCUGCUGAGGCACUUGCUGAGCUUAUUUUUCAUUGUACUACUCGUAAGCCUGGCCCGAAUGAUAAAUUAAUCAAGAACAUUUGUAGUUUAACAUGCCUUGAUCCAUGUGAGACGCCAUUAGCCGCUGUGAUAAGUUCCAUGGAGAAUAUUGAUGAUCAGGAUUUCCUCUCAUUUGGAAGUAGUUCUGGAAAGCAGAAGUCAAGGGUUAAUAUGCUCGCUGGUGGUGAAGACAGGUCAAAACUUGAGGGUUUUAUUAGCAGGCGGGGAUCUGAACUUGCAUUGAAGCAUCUCUGCAAGAAUGUUGGCCCUUUACUUUUCGAUAAGCUUCCCAAAUUGUGGGAUUGCCUCACUGAGAUAUUAAAGCCUAUUCCUGCUGACGAGAAACAAAUCACGCUAGCUAUUGAAUCAGUGAAGGAUCCUCAAAUUCUUAUAAAUAAUAUCCAGGUUGUACGCUCUAUUGCUCCAUUGCUGGAUGAGUCACUGCAACCGAAGCUGCUAACAUUGCUGCCGUGCAUCUUUAAAUGUGUUCGCCAUAACCAUGUUGCCGUUAGAUUAGCUGCUUCCAGGUGUACUACUUCGAUGGCAAAGUCAAUGACAACAAACGUGAUGAGUGCUGUCAUUGAAAAUGCAAUUCCUAUGUUAGGGGACAUGACCUCUGUUCAGGUCAGACAAGGUGCUGGAAUGCUCAUUAGCUUGCUUGUUCAUGGCUUGGGUGCGGAGCUGGUCCCUUAUGCUCCUUUACUAGUUGUUCCACUCUUGAAGUGUAUGAGUGAUUCUGAUCAUUCUGUCAGACAGAGUGUGACUCAUAGUUUUGCUGCUCUUGUUCCUCUUCUUCCAUUAGCACGAGGUCUUCCACUUCCUAGUGGACUGAGUGAAGAUUUGUCCCGAAAUGCUGAAGAUGCAAAAUUUUUGGAACAAUUGCUUGAUAAUUCCCACAUUGAUGAUUACAAGCUCUGUACUGAGUUAAGAGUGACUUUGAGGAGGUAUCAACAAGAGGGUAUAAAUUGGUUGGGCUUUUUAAAACGCUUCAAGCUUCAUGGAAUUUUAUGUGAUGACAUGGGACUUGGUAAGACGCUUCAAGCUUCUGCAAUUGUGGCUUCAGACAUCGCGGAGCAUCAUGCCGUGAAUAAUAGUGAGGAUAUGCAAUCAUCUUUAAUUGUCUGCCCAUCAACACUUGUUGGACACUGGGUGUUUGAGAUCGAGAAGUAUAUUGAUACUUCGCUAGUAAGCACUCUCCAAUAUGUUGGUUCUGCUCUAGAGCGUAUCUCUCUGCGGGAGCAUUUUGAUAAAUACAACGUGAUCAUAACUUCAUACGACGUGAUCCGCAAAGAUAUUGAUUACCUUGGAAAAAUCCUUUGGAAUUAUUGCAUUUUAGAUGAAGGACAUGUUAUAAAAAAUGCGAAAUCCAAAAUUACAGUUGCAGUAAAACAGUUGAAAUCCGUGAACCGCCUAAUACUGAGUGGGACGCCAAUCCAGAACAACGUCAUGGAUUUAUGGUCUCUAUUUGACUUCCUAAUGCCAGGGUUUCUUGGAACAGAGAGACAAUUCCAUGCUACAUAUGGGAAACCUUUACUCGCUGCUAGGGAUCCUAAAUGUUCUGCUAAGGAUGCUGAAGCCGGAGCCCUUGCUAUGGAAGCAUUGCACAAGCAGGUCAUGCCUUUUCUCCUCCGUCGAACAAAAGACGAAGUAUUGUCUGACCUGCCAGAGAAAAUCAUUCAGGAUAGAUACUGUGAUCUGAGCCCAGUCCAGUUAGAACUUUAUGAGAAGUUUUCUGGUUCACACAUGAGACAAGAAAUCUCAAGUAUGGUGAAAGUAGAUGAAUCAGCAGGGGCAGAAGGAAAUAAUUCUUCACCCAAAGCAUCUUCGCAUGUUUUCCAGGCACUCAAGUACUUACUAAAACUGUGUAGUCAUCCGUUGCUUGUUUUUGGUGAGAAGACACGCGAGUCACUUGCAUCCCAAAUAUCGGAACUCUUCCCUUCAGUUUCUGACAUCAUUUCUGAACUUCAUAAACUGCACCACUCUCCCAAACUAGUUGCCCUUCAAGAGAUUCUGCAAGAGUGUGGAAUAGGUGUUGAUGCUUCGAGUUCAGAAGGUGCUGUCAGUGUUGGGCAGCACAGAGUUUUGAUAUUUGCUCAACACAAAGCCUUCCUGGAUAUCAUAGAAAGAGACUUGUUUCACAGCCAUAUGAAAAAUAUCACCUACUUGAGGCUGGAUGGAUCGGUUGAACCCGAGAAACGAUUUGAAAUAGUGAAGACUUUUAAUUCAGACCCGACAAUUGAUGCAUUAUUGCUUACCACACACGUUGGUGGCCUUGGUCUGAAUCUGACCUCUGCUGACACCCUUGUUUUCAUGGAGCAUGACUGGAAUCCUAUGCGAGAUCUUCAGGCAAUGGACAGAGCACAUAGAUUAGGUCAACGGAAAGUUGUGAAUGUUCAUCGUCUCAUCAUGCGUGGCACCUUAGAAGAGAAGGUUAUGGGCCUUCAAAAGUUCAAAGUGUCUGUUGCCAAUGCUGUCAUUAAUGCAGAGAAUGCUAGUUUGAAAACUAUGAAUACGGACCAGUUGCUUGAUCUAUUUGCAUCAGCAGAAACUUCGAGAAUGGGAGGCACGGUUUCAAAACGUUCCGACAGAGAAUUAGAUGGAGAUCCAAAAUUAAUGGGUACUGGAAAAGGGUUAAAAGCCAUCCUUGGUGGACUAGAGGACCUUUGGGACCAAUCUCAGUACACUGAAGAGUACAAUCUAGACAAUUUCUUAGGGAAGCUGAAUGUCUGAUUCCAAGCCGAUCUCAAAUGUACAAAGUGUACAUGAUUUUGACAUUUUAGUUCUAGGCUAUAUUUUUCAUUUUUGUUGCCACUCUUUUGUCCUUCCCCAUUUUUCUUUAUCUGGUUUCUCCUGGAGGUGUUGACAGUGGGAGGUGGGGGGAAAAGAUGGUUUGAUUGGUUUGGUGGUAGAGCCUGAUGUAUGGAAUGAUGUGAAUGUUCAAUUAAAUAGAAAGUGGCAUCAGGAGGGGAAGAUAAUUGUAUAGAUCGGAUAAUGUAUAUGCAGUCAGCUGCUGUUCUAAUUGAAUCCUUAUUAUUAGUAUUAUACUUCUAAA